AACAAAUUCAUAUUUUACUAUUGCAUCAUGCACGGAAGAUCUCCUAUAUGAGAAGGAGGUUUUCAGCAAGUUAGUUACUCCUGACUCUCAUCUGUGCUGCUCGAGCUGAACGUAUUUGGGGUUGUCCAGGUGUGAUGGAUUUAAAAGAUAAAGUGGCCGUAGUGACAGGAGGAGCUCAGGGUUUGGGCAGAAGCUUUGUUGAAAUACUCCUGAAAAAUGGUGCAAAGGUGGCUAUCGUCGACAUGAAUGAAUCACUGGGAAGUGAACUGAAAGCCACACUUGACAAUGAAUACGGCCCAGACAGGACUGAAUUUUACAUUGCCGAUGUGUCAUCACAGGAGCAGUUUGCAGGUGCGUUUCAGAAAGCUAUAGAAAGGUUUGGGUGCUUUGACAUUAUGUGCAACAAUGCAGGGAUUAUUGAUGAAAAGAACUGGGAGAAAAGUAUCGCAGUGAACCUGGGGGGAGUGAUCAGGGGCACCUAUUUGGCUCUACAACAAAUGAGGAGCGAAAAAGAUGUAAAAACUAAAAAAGUGAUCAUCAACAUUUCUUCUGUCGCAGGUCUAGGGCCGAUGAUAACAGCACCUGUCUACAGCGGAACAGAACAUGGAGUCGUGGGGUUCAGCCGUUCUAUGGCAGCUGCUGUCAAGGCGGCCAAUGCCAGCGUGAGAAUCAAUGUUCUGUGUCCGUGGUUUGUGAACACAAGCUUGAUGUCCUUUCUGAAUUCAGAGGAGCAGAUUGGGCAUUUUUGUCAUUUUAAGGACGUGACAGAGAAGGCAUUGGAAAAACAUGGCAUUCUUGAGACUGAUGAUGUCGCCAAGGCCUUUCUGACUCUUGUGACAGAUGAGAGUAAGGAAGGAGAAGUGAUUUUCGUUGACACGGAUGGUGUUAAAACCGUUCCCCCUCCUGGACGUCCCAGCCGAGAGUAGCCAAUCAGCUUCUGAUUCAUUGGCCUCGUGUUUCUAAAUCUAAUGCCGCAUUAUAUGUUUGAGUGGAUGGGUUUGCAUUUGAGCUUGAGUUGUCUGCUUAUCAUGAUUUUGAGAAUAAAAGAACUCAAGCCCUGAAGAGCUGAAAUGAAAAGAAAUGAGAUCUGCUUUAUUCAUUGCAGUGAUUGUUAACAUGUAACACAGUAAAUGAUCAUGCAUUAAUAUAUUGACGUCACUAAUAAAAAUCAUUACAAUAAAAAUACUGAUUAUA